CAGCGACGUCGCCAUCGGGGAGUACAGCGGGCGCGAUGACGGGGAAAGCCAAGCGGCUGCAGCAGCUACUUUCCAUAUGCAGGCCUCCUUUUGUCCCCGCGAUGGGUGACGACGUUAACAAGCGAUCUCAACAUUCCACCACUACGAUGCCGCCCUCGACACAACCAUGGCUCCGGCGUGCAUUGACACCCGAGGGCUUCAGGCAGGUCACUGGCGCUCUCAUGGAGCGCGAGCUGAGCCGCGACAUUGCGCGCGCUCAGUCGCGUGAAGCCGCCGAGCGGGAGCGCGAUCCAUCUAUCAAGCCGCUCACUCCAAUGGAGGCGAUCUGGGUGGACUCUGCGCAGGCGUUCGAGGUCAAGCCCGAGAGGCUUGAAUACUACGCCGUGACCGUAGGGUGCAACCCAUGCAAUGAACAACAUAAUCGGUACAUCCAACUCGAACCCUACGAUCGCACGCGCGUCACCGCGCCCUCUGCCGACGACCCCUCACGCCAGCGUUACUUGAAUGCAAGCUGGGUGUUGGAGAAAUUCGGCGGGAAGUGGUGGAUCGCAGCCCAAGCGCCUUUACCAAACACCUCGCAUGCAUUCCUCAGUCUCAUUACCGAGCCGGUUAGGGUGCUGCAGCGCGAGGACCUUCCCCCGACGCGCGUGCGCACUGUCGUGCAGCUUACACAGAACAUGGAGGGCGGUCGGCGAAAGGCGCACCCAUACUUCCCAGAAGUCGUCGGCCAAACCAUCAUUGUCCCUCCAGAACCUGAAACCGAAUUACCAUCCUUCAAGGUAGCUCUAGUCAAGAGCGAGCAGAUCGAGCAGGCCAACUGCGUCAGGAGCAUCAUCUCUAUCACUCCCAUCUCCCAGCAGCAAGCCAACGGCGAUGAGUAUGGGAGUGAUAGCAACUCCGCGCCUAUCAUCUUCCAACACCUCCUCUAUGCCACCUGGCCUGACCACGGUGUUCCCGAAGCCAAGGAUCGCGCAUCCCUCCUCGAAUUCGCUCGCCUCGUCGACGAGACAAACCGGGAUACCUCCCUUGCCCCGCAAGCCGCGUCCGACCCCGACCCACCCAUUAUAGCCGGCUGCUCCGCCGGCAUCGGGCGCACGGGCUCCUUCAUCGCGCUCUCUUCCCUCCUCCGCAAGUUCGGCGUCCUGCGUCCGCCGGCGCGCACCACGCCACCAUCGCUCGCACCAGCGCCAUCGCCGCUGGGGCCGCUGCAGUUGUCCGGGGCACUGCAGAACGAUAUGGUGGCGCAGGAGGUGGAUUCAUUGCGCGACCAGAGGCCCGGGAUGGUGCAGCGUGACGAGCAGAUCCUGCUGAUCUACGAAAUCCUGAAGGAUGCGCUGGAGAGUCGGGGCAGCCGUGCUUGAUUGGGACUCUUGAUACCUGAAGUUGAGGCAGUGGGUCGAGAGGCCUCCGAAUCGGCUAUGGACCUAUCGUAUUUUGCCUGCCGAUCUGCUGUGUCUGAUAGGGAAACUGUAUUUGGAGAGCGCGCUUAUCUUGUCCGGUAGAGCAUUUCGAACGUGUUUUGUCCAUCAGACGAAUGCCUGCAAUCACAAGCUUGACAGAUUGUGCAUCGAA